AUGGCACCCAAGAAAGAGAAAGUGCCCACCGUAAGCGCCAAAGCCUGGGAACCCUUACUCAUUUCUGCCGUCUUUAACCAGGCUGAUUGGAAGGGCUGCAUCAGUUUUGUGGUUGGCAACCAGAUUGAGGAUGAUCUACUUAUUAAUGCCCUUGAGCUUGCUGUUCAAGUCCCCCAGAGGAAGCUCUUCAGCUUGGUGUCAUGGAAUAAUAUCCUGGCUGAGAUCCGUUCACCACCUCCAGCCCCAGCUGCAAAAGGAAAGAAACAAGCUGUAGUUGCACCCUUGUUUUAUGAGGUAAUAGCUGCAGCAAGAGCCAUUAUGGCUGCUGGAGAACCACUUACCACACCUUUGAUUGGAAAGCUCAUUAAAUAUGAGCUGAUGAAUCUCAAACAAAAAGAUGAACUACGAAGGGCUGCGGACAAGAAGGCAUUGGAAGACAAGCUAAAGGCAGAAAGGGACAAAGAAAAAGGAAAGGUCAAGGCCACUCCAUCAAAGGAGAAGAAACCCAAAGGGAAAGGAAAGGGAAAGGAAACAUCAGAUGUAGGACAAUCAGUGAAAAAAGACAGCGUAUUGAAACGGCGAGGAGAAGAGGAUAAAACUAAAAAAUACAUUGAUGAUGAACCAGAUGAUGGUGCCGAACAUUACUUUAUCAUCACAGGCUUUCACAAUCCGCAGUUACUGGCAAUUCUGACAGAGCUUGGGGUUCCUGUGUCCAAUGUGAUUAAGCUCUCUGCUGAUAAUUAUGAACCUCUGAAGGCAUACUUGUCAGGAACUUCCCAGCAACAUGAGGCUUCACUUCUGUCAGAGAGUGUGACAUCAAAAGAGGUAGAUAGUGAAAAACGGAAGAGGGAGAAAAGCGUGAAAGAUCUUGAAACUUUCUGGAAAUUCUUGGAACCGAUUCUGAAUAAUGGGAAACCUGAGACUAAUCUCUUUGACAUUGCCAGGCUUGAACAUGUAGUUAAGGAGGAGCUCUUUCCUGAAGACUGGACAGAUGAAGAAAAGAUGCUGGCCCUUGGUACUGAAAUUUUUGAAAUCAUCGCUUGCUUGAUAUAUGACAGCUUGGACUGGAGGCGGCAGCAUCAGAACUACUUAGAAAAUAUGAAGCUUAUUAAUGUCCCGCAAGUAGUCCCUGAAAAAGGCCAUGCGGAUGUGCCUUUGACCCCUGAGGCAGCAUCUGCAAGUUCAGCUGCAGCUUCAACCAAGAAGAAACCACAGUUGGAAGACAUAUCACCACCACAAGAUAGUGCCCUCACUACUGAUGUGGAUAUGAGAUAUUACAAUGAUUUGAUGGAACAGAUUCCUGAAGAAUUCAUUUCUGUGCCUUUGAUUCUUAACUGCAUCCUGGAACAGAUCGUGGCAACAGAAAAUGAGCUUGUCCCACCUAGCUUAAUGCCACCCACACCUAGAGAGGAUGGGUUGGAUCCCCGAAUUGCAGCUCACAUUGUAUCUAUCCUGCCAUCUCUUUGUCUCACAGAGUCUGAAAAACAGAAUCUGCAUCGUAUAUUCUUACCUGAAAAUGAGAGAGAGAAAAAAGCAGACCAGAAAGGUCCUCUCAUACUAAACUACCAUGAUGCACAGGGUCACAAGAAGCAUGUACUAAAGGCCCAGAAGAAUUUUGACCCAGUACAAAUUGAGCAGGAGAUGCAGGCCAAGCUACCACUGUGGAAACUUCUUCAAUUCCCUUUGCUUCCUUUGUGGAAUAACACCAAACGUCUGGCUACAAUUCAUGAACUCAUGCACUAUUGUACUAAUGAACUCUUGAGCUGGAAUGAAGUAGAAAGAGCCUUCAAAGUAUUUACUUUUGAAUGUCUGCAAUUAACUGAAGUAGAUGAAUCUGGAAAACUGAAGGCUCCCAAGAUGGAGGGUGCAUCUGAUUCUGAAGUAUUUCAUAUCCCAUGGGACAAUCCUGCCAGAUUUGCUAAAUAUAUAAGACAACAACAACUUUCAAGAUGGAAAACAGAGGAUCAUGGGACUUCAUCAGCUGUUCUAUCAGAAAAGAAAACAAAGAUUUCCCAGGAAGAUUUGUUGAAGAGUAUCAAAGAUGAAAGUAAGAAAUCAUCAAUGGAUUCUUCUAGCCAGAAGCAGUCAGAUGAAACGAAAAAUAAAUCAUCGACCUUGUCUUCUACUAUUAAACAAUCUGAAAACAGCAGUAUAAAAGCACUAUUUGUUGAAAACAGGAAAGAGUCUCAGGCUGAAAGCAAACAAGGAGAGCAGGAGUCUAGCAUCAAAGACACAAAAUCAAAAUCCACAGUGCAUUUCUCAAAUGAAGAUAUCAAAGAAAGAGAGGGUGAGGAUGAACUUCCUGAAAAGGUUCUUCAAGAGGCAAGUCAGGAGUUUAGAUGCAUUGAUUCCUAUUAUCAUACCCAAGACAAUUCUUUGCUUUUAGUUUUUCAUAAUCCUAUGAAUGUACAACGCCUAAGUUCUGAAAAAUGGGAAAUUGCUCUUCAUUCUAAUGUUGGAUUCAGGAACUAUUUGGAACUAGUGGCUGAUUCUAUUCAGGAAUGGGUCACACAGGAAGAAGCAAAAUAUCAGGAAAAGAAAAUGGCUGAAGAAAUAGCUCUUGCUUUGGCAAAACUAGAAGAAGCCUCUUCUCCUGCAAAAUCUACUCUCUCUUCUCCAAAAAAAUCAAAAAAAGAUGCCAAAUCAAACAGCAAAACCGUUAUUGAGGAAGAGAAGGUGGUGAAAGAAAAGAACAUUUUUAUCCUGGAAGGCUCCCUCAAGGCUUGGAAAGAAGAACAGGAACGGUUAGCAGAAGAAGAACGACUAAAAGAAGCAAAGAAAUUAGAGAAAAAAGACAAAGAUUCUUCCAAAAAGAAAAAAAAAUCUGAUAAGCCAGAGAAAGAAGAUAGUAGUAGUAAGAGUUCUAAGAAGAAAUCAACCUCCAAAGAGAAAACUAAAGAAGAAUCUAAGACCGUACAGAAGCAGGAAGAAGCUCCCCCACCACCACCCCCCGAGAAAAUUUUUCCGUUUCAAGGAUAUAACAUGGGAGAGAAUCCAAUCCAACUCUCUGGGACAAAUUAUUAUUUGUAUCCCUCGGAUGGAGGACAGAUUGAGGUGGAGAAGAUAGUAUUUGGAAAAGGACCAACUUUCAUAAAAGUGAAGGUGAAAAAGGACAAGCAUAAUUUCUUUAUUCAUCUAAAAGAUCCCAAGAAACUCCAGGGAAAGGUGAGAAAACAAGAAGAGAAUGACUCUUCAGAUGAUGAAGGCAAAGUUAAAAAAAAGAAAUCAAAGACACUACUGACAGAAGCGACUCUCCAUAAGAAGAGAAUGGUUAGCAAGUUUGGGUCUUUCUCUGCCACAUUGGAAAAUGGAAUCACCCUCUCUAUAAGUUACCAUGGACCUAGUGGGGAACCACCAGAGGAAAAGGACCUUGAAUUAGAAGAAAUGUUGAACAUCCCUUCAGCACAUACUCAAACUGUGGUUCCUGCCCCACCUACCCCAACUCCAAAAGGAAAAAAAGGGAAACCACCCCCUAAGGGCAAAGAAAAAAAAGAACCCCCCAAAGAAGAAGAGCCACCUCCCAUGCCAAAGGAAGAAGAGAUAAAGGAAGAAGAGAGUGAGGCUCCAUCAGAGCCCCCUUUUGUUCCUUCCUUCCAAAAACUAAAUAUUUCAUGUCCUAAUGGGCUGGUAUUGACCUUCCUUGGCCACCUUUCUACAGGUCCACGCAUUGGGGAUGAUUAUACCUGGGACAUCAUGGUUCGUCAGAGUUAUCCUCAAAGGGUGAAGUACUCUCAGACACAUAAAACUGUGACACCACCAAUAGAACAGGAAUUGUCCAGAGUUAUUAACAGUCAAGGGACUGUUGUCAAGUACAUGGUGGAUGGAUCCACACAGAUACUCUUUGCAGAUGGUGCAGUGAGCUACAGUCCAGAUUCUGGUCCUGUGUGUGUCCACUCAGACAGUUCUACAGCUCAAGGCUCAACAGACAUGAGAUUCUCGUUUAUUCUACCAAAAUCAGAAAAUCCCCCAACUGAAGCCCCUUUCAAGAAAGGAAAGUCUCCAAAAAAUACGUCUCUUUUAAACAAGGGUGAGUCCCAUGAGCAGGUACAUUAUCAACUCCCAGCACCUGAAGAAAUCCAGGCAGGCACUUGGAUUACUACUACGCCUGCAGGCAUUCGAAUUGGCACCAAAGGAGUAGAAAAAAUACCGCAACUGGCACCAUAUCUGUCCUUCCAAGCUACAGAUCCUGUUGAUGGAACGGUGAUGACAACUCGAGAAGACAAAGUAACUAUUGUGAUAAAAACUGAUGGGACAAGAAUAGUGGAUCAUGCUGAUGGCACCCGAAUCACUACCUUCUAUCAGAUUUAUGAAGACACUAUUGUUCCUUCGAGUGACCAAGAAAUAAAUGAAUCCCCAUGGUCCAUCACCAGGCAAGUGAAGUGUAUGCGAAUAGAGAGCCCCCACUAUGCUUCUGUUAUUACAAACUGUGAGGACAGCAGCUGCUGUGCCACUUUCGGAGAUGGGACAUCAGUUAUUGCAAAGCCACAAGGGACAUACCAGGUGCUACCCCCCAGCACUGGUUGCCUUUCCAUUGAUAAGGAUUGCUCAGCCAUUUAUUCCCAUGAAUCAAGCAGUGACACCCUCUACCAGCCUUUUAGCCAACGUGAGCAGCUUCGAGCCAGCAGGUACAUUAUGAAGCAUACUGCCGACAUCAUUUGUGAAGUCCUGGAUCCCGAAGGAAAUGUUUUUCAGGUCAUGGUCGAUGGCACCAUAUCAACUAUCAUCCCUGAAGUGGGCUUGGAGGAGGAAACAACUGAGGAAGAAAGUGAGGAUUAUGACAGCUUAGUGCCUGAUAAAAUAGAAAAAAAUCCUCUUCAACCUUAUGGUGAACAUGUCCCCAGAUUUUUUGUUAUCUAUGCGGAUGGCUCGGGAACCGAACUUCUCCGGAAUAGUGAUAUCGAAGAGUAUCUCUCUUUGGCCUAUGGGGAAUCGACCACUGCUGUCCUGCAGGAGCCAGUCCAGGAAUACCCAGGUGCCCUGAGCAUCACGGUUCUUCGCCCUUUUUAUGAAGUAUCUCCAUGGAUUAUGAAGAAAGAAUUAGAUACAAUUGUUCCCACUAAUCUCCAGUCAAGAGCAUGGGAUACUUUCCCCUCAAGUGAGAAAAGAACUCCAGGUGCCCCAUUUGGAACCCACAUUUGGAAGGGUCUGUCUAUAGGGUCCCUGCACUUGGCUUACCUACCUGCACCUAUACGAAAAUGCCCCAAAGUGCUCCAGGUCCGGCAGUUCAUUCAGCAUGAAAUCAUUAAGAACGAGUUGAAAUUAAAGCUACAGUUUUCCCUUAAGGAUUACAUAAAUCACAUUCUAAAGAAGGAGGAUGAAUUGCAGGAAAUGACUGUUAAAGACUCUAGAACUGAGGAAGAAAGGGGCAAUGCUGCAGACUUGCUCAAGCUGGUGAUGUCUUUCCCUAAAAUGGAAAAAUCCAAAGAAGAUCACUUUACCGAAGUACACUUGGCAGAAUUGUACAGGCGUGCCUUGGCUAGUCCAGAAGUGUCAACAAGAAUAAACUGGGAUAAGUGGAGCCGUGCCAAACCCUCAGAGCGCUGGAAAGAAAAACUGGAGCAGAAUAGGCAGGAUAUUCAAGAAACAGAAAAUUGUAUAUUAGGGUUAAGGAAGCACAUAAUACCUCCAUAUUUCCAGUCUGAAUUUGGCAAGAUAUUUUUGGAACAGUUUCAUAAUCUGCAAGCAAUUUCUAAAAAACUUCCACCCCUUCAAAAGACAGGGGAAGAUCUAAGCAGAAACUCUUCUCAAAGCACAUCUGACAUUGAUCCAGAUAGUAGAGCAUAUAAAGAUACAACCCAAGAUGCUUCUGAAUUGCUUAGUCUUUUGGUGUCGGAGAGUUCAGUAGAAACAAAGGAAUCCAUCAGUCUAUUCCACAGUGAUUACCUUACCAAGUCUGACAUAGACUCUGAAUCAUCGUGGAUGCCUGUGAAGAUUCCAACCCAGUCAUUGCUGCAAAAUGCUGCCGGACAGCCCAGGAAGGAGAAAGUAAAACUACCUAACUACUUAAAAGGUUCUAAGCCAAAGAAGUCUCUACCCCUUAAAAAGGUAGAAGACUCUGUCGGGGGGCGAGUAAACACAUCCUCAGUGGCGGCUGCUGCCUUGAACAGUGUGAAACCUCCCCCUUAUGGCUUCCAUCUUCUUCCACCAGAGGUGAACUUUGGAGUCCUGAAGGAGGGCCAAACCUAUGCAACCACAGUGAAGCUAAGAAACAUUGGUGUGGAUUUCUGCAGAUUUCAGGUGAAGCAGCCCCCACCCAGCACUGGACUGAAAGUGAUUUACACCCCAGGACCAGUGGCAUCAGGGCUGCAGGUGGACCUGCAGGUGGAGAUCUUCGCCAUGGCUGUUGGAGAGAACGCCGGGAAGGGAAUCGGAACCAUUUCGUACAAUAUUGAGAUUGUAACCGAACAUGAAAUUCUGCUUCUGCCCGUGGAAGCAACAGUUUUAACACCUCAUGCCUAUGACUCCAGACCAGAAAGUUUUCCUCCGGGGAAAGAAAACCCAUCAAUUCGUCGUGUUUCCACAAUCCUCAAGCCUCAUAAAAUAUCACAUGUAAGUAGGAAUAAUAGAAAUGUGCCCAUAGGCUCGGUAAUUCAAUAUAUAUAA